CCUCAGGAGCAGAGAGACAGGAAGCCCCACCAGCAGAGGCAGCAGCAUGUCUUCCCCCAUUUUCCCUGAUAUCUUCCAUUGUGAAGACACCACGUACUUGAAAGGCCAGUCCUACUUCACCUUUACUGAUGAUGGACUUAAUGAUAGUUUGGAUGGGAGUUCAGCAGAACUGACUGAUGUGUUUGAAGAGGAUGGAUGUGAGGGUGAGGCCUGGACUCCACCAGCAAGCGAAUUAAGACAUAAAAUAGUCGCCCAGCUUGAGCACUACUUUUCGGAUGAGAAUCUUGAGACCGAUGCCUUCCUCUUGAAACAUGUCCAGAGAAACAAAAUGGGCUACGUCAGUCUUAAGCUGUUGACAUCAUUUAAAAAGAUCAAAGAUCUUACACGUGACUGGCGCAGUACGCUGGCUGCUGCAUGUAGCUCUGAGCACCUAGAGGUAAACGAUGCAGGGACCAAGGUACGACGAAAUACGCCUAUCCCAGACCGGCUGCUCUGCAUCCCCACCAGUAAGCUCCUAUUGGCUUGGAAUUUUACGGGCAAUUCAGAUUCCACAGCGGUUGAAGAUGGUGGGUCACCUGCUGCAGAACAACAGGGCAUCAUGGAGACUGCCAUGUGUAUGUUUAGUUCACAUGGCGCAAUAACAUCCCUUCGCAUCCUGCGCCCAGGAAAGGAAAUCCCUGCCGAGCUUAAACGCUACACCAGAAAACAUCCUGAGCUUGGGCGAAAGCUAUGUGCCGUGGUCGAAUAUGAGUACUUGGAAGGAGCUCGCAAAGCCUUCGAGGCUUUGAACACAGAGGAGAAGGUGCAUGGUGGGAAAGGUGUCCGUGUGGCACUUCUUGGGAGCCGUGGACCAAGGAAGCAAGAGAGCAGCCAGGGCCAAGUGGAGGAGGAGUUGGAGGAAGGUAUUGAGAAUGACUCUUCUAAAAAGCUGAACCAAAAGACCAGAAAGAUCCUCUUUUCGCUGGAGGACUCUGCCAUGUACAGCGCCUCAGAGUCAGACCUUGCUCCAGCCUCACCACAUCCGAAUCGUCGAGUCUCACGGCCUCAGUCUCUAUACGGAAGCCCUCUGGCCAUCCCACGGAUUUCUAGUUAUCGCUCCGACCCUUAUAGGAAUCCUCUGGGUAGUCCGGUUGGUAGCCCUCUUCAGCCACGCAAGCUUUUUUCUGGAGGUUAUGCCACCUCGCACCUGGCCACAUCUCCACUCUGCAGCACUCCUACCUUGGUGUGUAAUUUGGAGUACAACAAAAGCAAGUCAUCAGGGGAUUUCCUACAGGAAGGCACAGGUAAUGGGGGAAGUCCAUGGGUCCAACGACGCAAAAAGGCUGCCCGGGCCUUCCAGCCAGAAAGUUGCCCUACAUCUCCCAAUAAGGUGAAGGCAUUCGGUGUGCUUGUGAUGCGACAGCCGCUGGGGCCUGAUGGCACUAAGGGCUUCCACAACUGCAUCGGGAGAGGACAAGUGCUGCUUCCCCAGUAAUGCACUGGUGGGUCAAUUCCAACAACAUUCCAAAGCACUUUUUAAACCAGUGUUAAAAUCAUUGCUUUUGUCCAAAAUAAAUAAUCUCUUCAUGUAUGCUAUGAAAUGUUUUGUAUCAGAUAAAAUAAAGAUGUAACCUGA